AUGCCUGUCAAGUGGUCGCCAGAUAUGGAUCAACUCCUCCUCGUCAAGAUGAUGGAGACGCACGACCUCAAAGUCGACGCGAACAAGGUCAUCUCAGCCUGGCCAACCGAUCGCGGCGACAUCCCAACCGCGCGCGCAAUCACCGAGCGGCUUGUGAAAAUCCGCCAGCAAGCCACGGGAAAGAAAGGCGCCUCGAGCUCUGGCCACUUCGGCAUCGCUGCAGCUCAGACAAAAGGCACCUCCACCACCACCAACACUCCGCGCAAGAACGCCUCGUCGCCCGCAACCAAGGGCACCAAGACCCCGGCCAGCGCCGCCGCCAACAAGGUCAAGAAGCGCAAGCUCGCCACCGCCGCCAGCGACGCUGAAGACGACGACGAAGACCUCACCAAAACACCCAAGCCAGUAACCGGCUACGGCGUCCCUCCCCUCAACUUCGCCAACAUCCCCUCUCUCACUCCCACGCGCAACACCACCCAGACCCCCCGCUCCGUCGACGCCAAGACACCGACCACGAGCGGCCGCAGCAGCGGUGCCCGGCACAACAGCCGCGCGGACUCGCAGGCCACGCUGAGCGAUGCCGGCACUCCGACGCCGCGGGGGCGCCGUGCGGCGAGCAUGAAGCUGUCGGCUACCGUCAAGCAGGAGCAGCAGGAGCAGCAGGAGAUGGAGGGGAGUGAGAGUGGGCAUGGCAUGGAGAGCCCGGCUGAGAGCGAUGUCAGUGAGUAUGUGGUCUAA